AUUACACAGCCUCCUCACGAGUAAAAAAAAAACGCAAACGGCCAAAUCGGAGGGUUCGCUCAGACGACGUGAAAGAAGAGCACCGACGAUGGCGUGGGCACGAUUGAUUCAGAGCGCGAGAGCAGCUCUAGGGACAACUCCCUCGUAUUCGACUCUAGGCCUCCCCAGAUUCUACUCCAAACCUACUUACUUCGUGAAAGUUGGGAUUCCAGAGUUCCUAGGCGGGAUUGGUAGAGGAGCUGAGACUCACAUUGCCAAAAUUGAAACUGAGAUCGGUGAACUUCAUAAGCUGCUUGUGACUCGUACCCUCCGACUCAAGAAGCUUGGCAUCCCUUGCAAACAUAGGAAACUGAUACUGAAGUAUGGCCAGAAAUACAGGUUAGGGCUAUGGAAACCUAGAGCCGACGCUAUUAAGGCCUGAUCAAGUCUCUAUGUUGAGCUGUGAGUCUCUCAUGCUGGGUUUCACUGUCGCAAUAAGUUGUAGUACUUGAAUGAUCAUUGUCAAACCAGUUCAGUAUUGAACAACCUAGUAUAAUUUUGCAAUUCAUGUAAUAGUUUUCUCCACUAGUCUAGUGAGCAUCUCGUUAAGGAGCCUACAGAUGUAGCAAAUUUUAUUUUCUCCAUAUAUAUCAAAGUGACUUCCAAGUC